UCAACUGCUAGUUGUGGAUAAACCCGCACGUGUCAGGGCACCCUUACCCAGCAGCAGCUAGGAAGGUUGUGAGACGUAGAAAGCGAAUCUAGUAAAUACAUUUCUAAAUGGCUGGGUCUCAGUUUGAAUCUUUGGAGAAGACAUUGGAAAAAUAUAUCCCUCCCGAUGAGUUGAAAAACGUUAGGCGGAUAUUAUUCGGGAAUGACACGAAUAGGGAGCUGGAGCUGUCGAAGUCUGCUGUAGACGCUGCCUUGGAGCGGGACUUCGAACUCAAGGGGUGCAUUUUUGAGGCUGGCCGCGAACAACUCAGGCAGCCGCGUGUUGUCCGUGUUGGGCUUAUCCAGAAUGCCAUCGUCCUGCCCACCGACGCCCCCAUCAUGGAGCAGAUCACUGCCCUGCACAGAAGGGUGGGCGAGAUGGUGGAGGUGGCCGCCAUGUGUGGGGUGAACAUCGUCUGCUUCCAAGAGGCUUGGACUAUGCCCUUUGCCUUCUGCACCCGGGAGAAGAUGCCGUGGACAGAGUUUGCUGAGUCUGCUGAAGAGGGACCCACUACUCGCUUCUGCCAAGAGCUGGCAAAGAAAUACAACAUGGUGGUGGUGUCGCCAAUCCUGGAGCGGGACGAGGUCCACGGAGACACUCUUUGGAACACGGCAGUCGUGGUCUCGAACUCUGGGGCCGUCCUGGGCAAAACCCGCAAGAACCACAUCCCUCGUGUGGGUGACUUCAAUGAGUCCACAUACUACAUGGAGGGCAACACCGGUCACCGGGUGUUCCAUACGCAGUUCGGGAAGAUCGCCGUAAACAUCUGCUACGGGCGCCAUCACCCCCUGAACUGGUUCAUGUACAGCAUGAAUGGAGCAGAGAUCAUCUUCAAUCCCUCCGCAACAGUGGGGGAGCUGAGUGAACCCAUGUGGCCUAUUGAGGCGAGGAACGCAGCCAUUGCCAACCACUGCUUCACCUGUGCAAUCAAUCGAGUUGGCACGGAACAUUUCAAGAAUGAGUUCACCUCUGCAGAUGGAAAGAAAGCUCACAAGGACUUUGGCCACUUUUAUGGCUCCAGCUAUGUGGCUGCACCGGACGGAAGUCGCUCCCCAGGCCUCUCCAGAACCCGCGAUGGGCUCCUAGUGGCUGAGCUGGACCUGAACCUUAAUCGGCAGAUCAACGACAAGUGGGCUUUCAAGAUGACUGGAAGGUAUGAUGCAUAUGCACAGGCGCUCGCUGAAGCAGUUCAGGAUGACUUCAAACCAAAUAUUGUAAAGGAAUAACUGUUCAUCACUGCUCUUAGCACAGUAAUGGUGCCUGAAUGGACCUCGAAUGAGACAACCAGGUGUGUGUAUGCCUGAGAAUAAGAUUAGCUGUGAAAUUGCACAAUGUUUUCCUUAAAGUGGGGGGGGGGGAUUAGAAGAUGUUUUUAAGUAUAAACUCCAAGUUAUGGAUGCCAAUAAAAAGAAAAAAAACCUGCAUUUCUCCAACCAUAUGAAAAUUCUAAGAUUUAAUGGAGGACUUAAGAAUCUGGUGAUACUGCCACUUGCUCUCAUCUAAAGAAAUACUGAACAUAUUGAGGUGCUGGUCAUAUUUAAUCCAUUUAAACAUUUUUAUUUGUCUGAACUUGCUUGCAGCCAUAGGAUUUUUCCAAUUCUGAAAUUCCUGGAUUCUUUUUAAUCAUUUUUUAUUGAAUGCAAACAAGAGAAAAAAAUAUACGUUCUCCCAAAAUAAAAUUUUGGCAUUGCUUAUGAUAAGCCCCUAAUACGUCACCCUUCCGCCCCAAAUAAAUAAAUACUCAGCCAAAGCAA